AUGCCUCGAUUUGCAGUACCAGCAGCGCCAAAGUGCGCUAGAUGCAACACCUCAGUCUUCUUGGCAGAGCAGGUCAUCGGUCCAGCUUCGAAACCCUACCACAAGACGUGCCUCACGUGCGUCGUGUGCAACAAGCGACUUGAUUCGACCUUGCUAGUGGAGCAUGACGGCGAGCCCUACUGCAAGAACUGCCACAAGGAGCACCUCGGAACGGGCAAGGGCGGAUUCGCCAAGGCAGUCUCGCUCAACCCGACCUCGCCCAAGUCUCCGCGCUCUCCUGCUACGAACUUGUCAAAUGCGACUCGAAGCCCCAUCGGCACGCCUUCGAGGACAGGACCGGCUUUUGCGCAACAGCAGUACAACACACCCGAGACAGCACUGAGCAGAGGUCAUCUCGAAGCUGAGAGGCGAUCGCCAAGUCCGACCAAGUUCCAUCCUGGUGCGUCGCUGGCAGGAAGCGAAGACCAAGUGCCGGGCAUCAGCAUCCGUCCGCGCGGCCUUGGUGCAGCUGGCCAGGUUGCCUCUCCACCGUCGCCGACCAAGCCAUCGUCUCCGCUAGCGUAUUCGGCUCAACAAGCUCCAGGACAUUCUAGCACGAGCGGCUCAGUCGCCCCGAUCCGAUCCAUCGACGAAGCCAUCGCUGCGGGCGGCAUCGACAUGGAUGACCCCGUUGCCCGCAUUCAAGCUGCCGUAGGUGGGAUGAGCAUCGGCAGCACGCCAAGGACCACACCUGCCUUCGCCAACGAAAGUGGUGCCGAGGCUGUCACGUCCACGCCAGCCCCAGCCCAGUCCGUAGACCCCUCUCUCAGCUACACCGCCACGCCCUCGCCUCCCGCCGCCACCACUCGCUCUACCCCAUCCACCCAACCGCAGUACACCGAAGAGACCUCGUUCUCAGAGGACGGCACGCCGAUCACCAUCCAAACGCGUCGCGUUGCCGCUUCCGACACCAUCGGCUCAAUACGCUUCAGCGGUACCUCCAACCCCACCACCUCCCCCACGCCCGCAUCCAAAGUCAACACGCAGUCCCCGCUCUCCGCGAUCGGCGCGCUCCCGCCUCCCCGUCGACCGGACCCGAAAACCCUCACGGGCGCCUCGUCGACUGCCAAGAUCGCCCCUCCGCGCUCGAUCCCGUCGAGCUCUUCGACGGACGACGACCUCGCAAGCCGCCGGAAGAGCGGCAUCGAUCGCAUCGGGCUCAGCUCGUCGAUCUUCGAUGCGUCCGGUGGCACGCCCUUGUGCGCGCGCUGCGUGAGACCCGUUUAUUUCGCAGAGCAGAAGGCGGCUGCGGGGCGAAAGUGGCACAGAGCCUGUCUGAGAUGCGACGGUUGCAGUACCACGUUGGAAAGCGGCAAGUUGGAGGAGGGACCUGUGGACGGGGGUGGGGUGAAGGGGGGUGCCAACGUGUGGUGCAGGGUGUGUUAUGCGAAGUAUUUUGGGCCCAAGAAUUUGGCUGUUGGGCUGUCGUUGCCCGAAACGAUGCGGUAG